CGUUUCCGGCGGUCGCGCGCUCUUUUCUCGGGACGGUGGAGGCCGUGCAGCGUCGCCGUUACUCUGAGGAGAGAACCUUCGGUGCCGAGGUACAAAAAUGCAGAGCAAUAAAACCUUUAACUUGGAGAAGCAAAACCAUACUCCAAGGAAGCAUCAUCAGCACCACCACCAGCAGCAGUCACUACCCCCGCCAGUACCGGCAAAUGGGCAACAGGCCAGCAGCCAAAAUGAAGGCUUGACUAUCGAUCUGAAGAAUUUUAGAAAACCAGGAGAGAAGACCUUCACCCAACGUAGCCGUCUCUUUGUGGGUAAUCUUCCUCCUGACAUCACUGAGGAAGAAAUGAGGAAACUAUUUGAGAAAUAUGGGAAGGCUGGCGAAGUCUUCAUUCAUAAGGAUAAAGGCUUUGGCUUUAUCCGCUUGGAAACACGAACUCUAGCGGAGAUUGCCAAGGUGGAGCUGGACAACAUGCCACUCCGUGGAAAGCAGCUGCGCGUGCGCUUUGCCUGCCAUAGUGCUUCUCUUACAGUCCGAAACCUUCCUCAGUAUGUGUCCAACGAACUGCUGGAGGAGGCUUUUUCUGUGUUUGGCCAAGUAGAGAGGGCUGUAGUCAUUGUGGAUGAUCGAGGAAGGCCUUCCGGAAAAGGCAUCGUUGAAUUCUCAGGGAAGCCAGCUGCUCGAAAAGCCCUAGACAGAUGCAGUGAAGGCUCCUUCCUGUUAACCACAUUUCCUCGACCUGUGACUGUGGAGCCCAUGGACCAGUUAGAUGACGAAGAGGGACUUCCAGAGAAGCUGGUUAUAAAGAAUCAGCAAUUUCACAAGGAACGAGAGCAGCCACCCAGAUUUGCACAACCUGGCUCCUUUGAAUAUGAAUAUGCCAUGCGCUGGAAGGCACUAAUUGAGAUGGAAAAGCAGCAGCAGGACCAAGUGGACCGCAACAUUAAAGAAGCUCGAGAGAAGCUGGAGAUGGAAAUGGAGGCUGCUCGCCAUGAGCACCAGGUCAUGCUAAUGAGGCAGGAUUUGAUGAGGCGCCAAGAAGAACUUCGGCGGAUGGAAGAGCUGCACAACCAAGAGGUGCAAAAACGAAAGCAACUGGAGCUCAGGCAGGAGGAGGAGCGCAGGCGCCGUGAGGAAGAGAUGCGGCGACAACAGGAAGAAAUGAUGCGGCGACAGCAGGAAGGAUUCAAGGGAACCUUUCCUGAUGCGAGAGAGCAAGAGAUACGGAUGGGACAGAUGGCCAUGGGAGGUGCUAUGGGCAUAAACAACAGAGGUGCCAUGCCUCCUGCUCCUGUGCCAGCUGGUACCCCAGCUCCUCCAGGACCUGCCACGAUGAUGCCAGAUGGAACCUUAGGAUUGACUCCCCCUACAACUGAGCGUUUUGGCCAAGCUGCUACAAUGGAAGGAAUUGGGGCAAUUGGUGGAACCCCUCCUGCAUUUAAUCGUGCAGCUCCUGGAGCUGAAUUUGCUCCAAACAAGCGUCGUCGAUACUAAUAAAUUUGUGGUCUACUUCCCCCAAACCUGUAAAAGAAGGACCCUUUUUGGACUAGCCAGAAUUCUACUCUGGAAGAGUGUUAGGGAUUCCUCCCUGUAGUUAGGUCUUUGCUGCCUGUUCUACUCUAGGGAGUAUGCUGGAGGCAGAGGGCAAGGGAGGGGUAGUAUUUAACAAAUCAGUUCUGUGUGGUAUAUUAUUUAACAAGUCAGUUCAAUUCCAUGUGGUGCAUUCCUGAAGUCACAAGAUAAUGGAUGUUAAGGGCCUAGAGGAAAUCUUGGCCAAAAAAUGGAUCCAGUUAGCACCCUAUUGAUCUUGAUCAUUCCGUUUUAGUCCAUUUUGUUUUGUUGGGUCUUUUCUUUUUCAUCCUUCCAUCUCCCAACUCAAGACACUGCCGCAUAUACCACAAAAAAUCAGACUUCCCCCAAUGACCUUAGCUCCAUUGCUCAAUUCACUCCUAGUUCAGAAUUCAAGCAAAUGUCCACAUAGGUUACUGACAACAUACAUACAUCAUACGGUUUUGUUGUAUUCUAUAUAUUACCCCAUAAUGUCCUACUGGCGACAUUUUUUCUCUUAUAGAUUUUCAUUUUAGUAUAUCUUUAAAAAAACUGUAAACUUGCCUCCAUCUUUUUCUUGGAUGAGGACAAACCAGAAAUGGCCCUUUUGUGUCUUAUGUUGCUAUUCACAGCUUUUUUUUGAUAGGCCUAGUACAGUCUUGGGAACAGGGUUGCUGUGUCUUGAAGGUCUGACGGUAGCUCUUAGCCUUGCCUGUUUUAGGUAGUUAUGCUGUGCAUUUUUUAUUGUUAUACCAUGUUUGAUUUGUCCCUGGUACAAUUAAUUUUGAGUUCCCUGAGAAAUGGAGCAGAAAUGCAGCAUCACCUUAUUAAAAUGCAUUUUAAGCCUUUUAA